AUGGUGUGGUGGCGCGGAGCUACUCAUCACUCGUUACCGAUACACAAAAAACCAGCUACCCACUUCCUGGCAACGGAUGCCUCAGACGUAGGUUGGGGCGCUCAACUGGAUGGAAAAGUGAUGUCAGGGUGCUGGUCACUCUACCAAAGGAGGUGGCACAGCAACAAAAAAGAAUUAUUCGCCGUUUUCGCUGCUAUCAAAAUGAACUCAAAAAUAUUAGUAAAGUCACAUGUACUGAUCCAAUCCGACAAUCGAACACUGAUAGCGUAUAUCCGGAAAGAAGGCGGAACCAAAUCUUUAGCGUUGCUGGAACUGACAUUCAAACUUCUCCAACUAGCGGACAAAUUCAAAAUAACGCUGUCAGCAUAUCUCCCGGGGAGGUACAACAUAAUUGCGGACAGAUUAUCACGAGGAAAACAUCCGGUGGAAUGGCACCUGAUACCCGAUGCGACAGCGGAAGUCUUCCAAAAAUGGGGGUAUCCGGAAAUAGAUCUGUUCGCGUCAAAAAAUACAGCUGUUGUACGAAACUACGUCUCAAUAGACUGCAAAGAUCCAUCGGCAUGUUAUACAGACGCCUUCAGCAGACCUUGGAAUUAUUGGGUCGCCUGGGUUUUUCCACCUCCCAGCCUAUUACUCAGGGUGUUAGCACAUCUGAACAACGCCAAGGGAACUUAUCUUGUAGUGGCCCCAGACUGGCCUCAGGUGUUCUGGCUACAAGACCUGAAAUCGAGGGCAUUAGAACCACCGCACGAGCUACAAAACCUCUCGGAAGUGCUCAUAGAUGUGACAACAUCGCAACCUCCUCCACAAGUGCAAACAUUAGCCCUGAAAGUCUGGAAAAUUGGGGGUGGGGCGAACAAAUAA